CAUUGGUCACACACAACCCUUAACCAUGAACAGUGUUGCCGCUGCACUCCUUGUGUGGACUCUGACCUCUCCCAGCAGCAGUGGCCAUGGCAGAGGGGAUGCUUGGCCCACACACCGGGCCUGCAGCAGUGGGGGCUUGGAAGUAUUCUACCAGAGUUGCGAUCCCUUACAGGAUUUUGGCCUUUCCAUUGACCAGUGUGCCAGGCACAUCCAACCAUCCCUCAACAUUAGAUUUGGCAUCAUUCUGAGAGAGGACAUCAGCAAGCUGUUUCUGGACAUAGCUCUUGUCUCGGGAGGCUCCUCUUUUCUGAACUUCUCCUAUCCCAUCUGUGAGGAGGAUCUGCCCAAGUUCUCUUUCUGCGGAAGAAGAAAAGGAGAGCAGAUAUACUAUGCUGGCCCUGUCAACAAUCUUGGAUUCGAUGUUCCACAGGGAGAAUACCGGGCUUUGCUGAAACUGUAUAAUGAAAACCAUGCUAUGGUGGCUUGUGCCAAUGCUACCAUCAUCUGCUCCUGACCACGACCUGCCAGAAAAUACACAGCAAGCUCAGCCUCGGGGAACCCCAAGGUCCCCAGACUCAGCUGCCUAUAAUAAGGGACACUGAUGACCAAGACAGGCUCCGCAAAGAAAUUCUGCAUGGGUCCCUCUCACUCAGGCGCAGACGCUGCCAGACCCCACAGAUGAAAUAAAGCCUCCAGAAUGAUCUGGUUUUGAUCGGAGGGCCCUAAGUAGACUCGGGGCCCCAGCUGUAAUGGCUCUCCUUAUGUCAUUACAGCUCAUGAAACUUACCUCCUUGUCUGUUUUUUAGAAAGACUUUCUCACAGUUGCCUGGGAUUAAAAAAAAGAAGAAGGAGAAAGAAAAAGAAAAAAAUUGACCCGCACCUGUUCAUUGUGGCUUGACAAAUGACUGUUAGUACAGUCUGUGGUUAAUAAGUUAUUUUCUUCAGAUAAAAGUGUUAGCAGCUGGUGUGGCAUAAGUGACCCCCAGAAAGCCAAGAGGAUGAUGCUUAAAAUCAGGGUUCUAAGACAAUGUGUCAUUGCUGCUCCUGGGCCCCAAGACCAUGAUGGGGAGAUGCUGAUGGAACCCCUCCAAGAGCGACAUCACCCCCCUCCCCCCAGUUGUCCACAUACCCUUUCCCUUCAUCUUCUGUGCCUGUCAGCCCUCCACCUCUGUAACAAAGCCCUGCAAUAACUAACUUAACAAAGGGAAAAUGGAUGCUUGGCUCACAGUUUUGGAAGUUUCUGCUGGUGGCUGUGGUCCUUACGCUUUAACCUGUGAUGGAAUGUCACCUUACAACAAGAGCAUGGGAUAGAGUAAAGGGAGACAGGAUCCCACAAUCCCUUUCAAGAUAAUAAUUCCAAUUACCUAAAACCUCCUAGUAGGCCCCUUUUCUUCAAGUUACAUCGGUUGUAAAUAACACCUCCCUAGGAGCCAAGCUGUUAACUCAUCGGCUUUCUGAGACAGUCAAGACUCAAACUUAGCAUCCCCAAAGCCUGGCUUUGCCUGCCCUCAGAGCACUUGGUACUUAUUCUUGAAUUCAUUCAUUCAUUCAUUCACUCAGGUAGUUAUGUAAGGCUGAACACUUUACCUAUGAGGUACUAUGGUCUUAGGAUACACUUAAAAACAAAGACACUGGGCAUGGUGGUGCACGCCUUUAAUCCCAAUACUCAGAAGGCAGA